AGAGACUGUCUUAACCAUGAAUUGAAGGAGAUGAUAAGAGGACAUCACGAACAAUAAUGGUUCAGAGCUCAAGGACUCCAGGAACACUUGUCCAUGGUGGUAGCAACCUGACUAUUGGUCGGGUUACAGCUGGUUUGGAGUUCAACCGCCCUAUCAGACCAGACCAAUGUGGAGUGGAACUGGAGGACUUUAUUUCCAGUCUCCGGAGCAUAACCAUUUCUCUCCCUUAAACCAUCAACAAACAUGACUGAUCCCUACUCCAUGCUUCACCCCUACUUUUCUUCUUCUUCUAAAUCAUCUUACUCUCCUUAUCAUCAUCUCUUCUCUCUUUCUUACUCCAAUGAUAACAAUACCCUAAAAAACACAUCCUCCUCCUCCUCCUCCUCUUUCACAACAACCCAUGGAUCAUUUUCUCCUGAUUCUUGUUCCUCCCCUCAAGUCCUUCCCCUUUUAAGCUUGAGCCCUGCAAGGCAUGAUCAAGAACAUCACUCCUGUAGGCCUUGUGAAGACGAGGAGGAUGAGGAGGAGGAGAGCGUUACAGUUGCUUUGCAUUUAGGGCUUCCAACUCCUCCUUCUUCUGAUCUGAUUUUGAGGCUCUCUUCAACUGAGAUCUCAGACAAGGAAGACCAACAAGAAGCUGUCCCUGUUGUUGUUCCUAAUUACUACUCCUCCUCUACUGCUGGACUCAACAAGGGUCAGUAUUGGAUUCCCACUCCUGCUCAGAUUCUCAUUGGUCCAACUCACUUCUCUUGCCCUCUUUGCUUCAAGACCUUCAACAGAUACAACAACAUGCAGAUGCAUAUGUGGGGGCAUGGAUCUCAAUACAGAAAAGGGCCACAGUCACUAAGAGGAACACAACCAACGGCGAUGCUUAGGCUGCCAUGUUACUGCUGUGCGCCAGGGUGCAGAAACAACAUAGACCAUCCAAGGUCCAAGCCAUUGAAAGACUUCAGAACCCUUCAAACGCAUUACAAAAGAAAGCAUGGAAUCAAGCCAUUUACAUGUAGAAAAUGUGGGAAGGCCUUUGCUGUGAGAGGGGACUGGAGAACCCACGAGAAGAAUUGUGGGAAGCUUUGGCACUGCACUUGUGGCUCUGAUUUUAAGCACAAAAGGUCUCUCAAAGAUCACAUCAAGGCCUUUGGACAUGGCCAUGCAGCUUAUGGGAUUGACUCUUUUGACGAAGAUGAUGAGGCAGCUUCUGAGAUUGAACAUGAUAAUGACUUGUCUCUAAGGAAUGGAGAUUGAUAUGAUAAUGCCAAAUGUUUAUUGUGCCACCUGCCUGGGUUCAAUUUUUUUGCUUGUACUGUCAAAUUGGAGUUAUUUUCAAUUAUUGUUCUUUUCACCCGUUAAGUGCCUUCAUUACUUGGAUAUGGCUAGGGUUUUAUUCUUCAUCCUCAUUUUCAU